GCUUGGCAUGGUGGCUUCAGGAAUUAAGCACCCACCUGCUACGUCUGGUUGAAGAUCUUGGACGGUCCGAAAAUGAGCUGCUUGGCAAACCAGACGAUGACCAACACAACCCAGAUGGGUCCGUGAAUUCUCCGAGCGAUGGCACCAAGGAGGAAAUAGAUACGCCGUUACACGUCUCUACAUGUCAGCAGCUCCCUUCUCCACCUCCCUCUCCACGUGCAGAAGAAAAUGGAAGCAGGUCUGAGGAAAACCAGUUGGUGGAACUGGAAGAGUUAGUUCCCUUCCAGGAAAAAGAAUCGGAAGAGGAAGGGCCAGUGCUUGUAAACAGUGAAAAUCCCAAUAAAUCGGAAGAACUGAUUCGUCUGGCGCCGAAGAACGUCAGUGAAAAAGAUUCUUACGCAGAGGAUUCAUCCGCUGAGAAAAUCCACGAAAACCUCAUUUGGGGAGAUGGUGGGAAAACGAUCAUGGCGUCCCCAAAUCCAGAAGAGAUGGUUGCAGAACAUCUUCAGAUGAUGUCCGCUCAAGAAACCAAGGCAGAGAUCAAAGGAACCUUGGACGAGACAGAACAUGGGCCUUCCAACCUGGUAAGGAAAUUGGAGACUAUAAAUGGGGAUUUCGAUCCGAAGCCGAGGAAUGAUGGAAUUGGCCAACGCCUGGAAGAAAGUUCUGGAAGAGCAGAAGGUUUGCAGGAAAGCCGCUCUGUUGUCCCGUUGAUUGAGAAGUUGGAGGAAGAGAAGGAUGAAUGCAGCAAAGAUUUUUUCAUGGAAGCGAACGAACUGGGAGAACCUGAACUAUCGUGUAGUGUGACCGCCCCUCGCGGGAUUCUGGAAUAUCUCAGAGUCACCGUUGUCAAUGAUUUAAGUCCCUUCGUUGUGAGUGAGGCAGAAGAACUUGUCAGUGACGUCAUAUCUGUCGAGUGCUCAUUGGUUGACCAACUCAACAUUUCUCCGAUCAGCAUUGCAAUCCCAUUUACUUCCCGUUACAGAGGAAUGUACAAAGACGUGACGGUGAAAGUGAGUGACAUAAACUUCCAGUCCACGUAUUUAACUCCUACCUCUUUGGAAGGACACCAAGGCAACCAGAAGGGGUCAGCCGCCGUGGUGAAAACCUGCCAGUUUGGUAUCUUCUCUGUGGUUUCAUGCUUGAAGAAGGAAACGUGGACCAUUCCGAGGAAAGGACUUUCGCGCAAGCUUAACAUGGAUCCUAGAAUUUCGUUUUGCUAUCCCCCAUCAACGUUCAGCUCUCGAGUCCAAGUGGACCUGAAGGUGCAGCCGAUCGAUCAGUCGACACUUUCGCUAUUGAAAGCAAAACACGAUGAAUAUCAUUCAGUUAUGUCAACCAGCUCUUUGAUCCACCUGGAAUAUUCUUCCUCUCUGCCAUUCAACAGAGCUAUCACUGUGGUUCUACCUUGCCCUCCAAAUCAAGAAAAACGAAGAGAGGGUAUUGAGAUAGAUGCCGGAAGAGCAACGAGUGCUUCUAUCCCCAGAUUUGUGAGCAGUCAUAAUUUCCGAGGUCUGAGUGCCUCGCCAAGAAAACACAGGGAGAACCUGAAGGAACCACUAAAAGUCCUGGGCUACAGAAACAGUGAAGAAGAAUGGAUUCUUCUGGAUGACAUCGCCGUGCGAAAUGCAAGGAAGGGUCUUGUGUCAUUUGACUUAGAUGAACCCUUAGAGAGAUUUAUUAUCAUCCGCUUAUCUUCUGCUAUGGACAACGUACAUCUCGUUCAGUUUAUUCAGAAUCUGGAACACGCCGUCCACAACAUCAUGGUGAAGGUGGUACUUUGGCAGAAUAAAGAAGACCCUUACAAGAUCAUUGUUUUACUGGUUCCAUCUAAAGAAUUAAGCCUGGAGCUGCAGUCUCUACGCGAGGAAGGAUAUUGUGGCCCUCCAGAACCUUCCAAGCCAUUUAAGAUGAGGGAAGGAGAGCAGGUUUACUUUAGAUUCAGUGGCAAUAUUUUUGCUUCAGAUGACGGGAACGCCUAUGGAAAAAAUUACAAGCUUGCUUUUCAUGCUCAAAGAAAACCACGGCUUGCUCUUCAGAUCAAGGAAGUGGAUGAAUUUGGGAACUACAGUUCACCCCAUUAUAAAGGAACGGCCUCAUUUUACAAACUGGCAAAAGACGCUGCCCUCGAUGACAUAGAAUCUCUUCCGCUAGAAGACCAUGAACAAGAUUCCUUCCUGUGCAAACUGGCUCUGACUUUGCCAAAGAAGGAAAAACUGAUCAGCCGCCCACAAAGCACAAAGAGAAUCUCAACAGAUUUAUCAGAGGUCAUGUGGGACAACUUGCUCUACUGGUUGUCGGAAGAGCUGUCGGAAGAGAAUGCCAACUUUCUUGCCCAAUACCUGCCCCUCCACCGAAGCACUCUUCAGUUCAUUAGGCUGAAGUGUCCAGAUAACCUCACCGAGCAAAUCUAUGAGCUUCUGUGUUUCUGGAGACGGAGUCUUCCAAGGUCCGCUGACAAGCUCAAGCUUCUCUCUCACUACCUCUGCAAAAUUGGCCGGAAUGACCUGGCUCAACAUCUCCAGUUCAAGUGGACCAACCAAAACGUCAUGAAGAAAAUUCAUCGCCCGCACUCUCAAACCAAGUGCACGCUGGGAAGCCAGACUCCAUUUCCUUUAGCAUUUGGAAAAGGCAGAAGCACAGAAGAAGCAUCCAUCUUAAUCCAUGGCAUGCGGUCAUCAAAGGACAAACCCACAUCCCACACAGCAGAGCAUCACUGGUGAGGUUUAAAUUGUUUGUAUUUAUUAAUUGUCAUGUUCGGCGGUAACUCAAUACAGCCUAUCUUGUAUUCGGUUCUCACUGUAUGUAUCCCUGUUUUCCCCAGUUUCACCAUACCCUGUUCUUUCA